AUGUCUGAAGAAGCCAUGAUAUCAACAUUCUCAGAUGAGAAAUUUGACGAUAAAGUCGACCUCAUCAUCAACGCGUUCACGCCUGAAGUCAGAGCCACUAUUCAGAAUGGAGUCUUCAAUGCAGAGAGUCUCUCAAAGUUGCCCAAGGUGACCCAAGAUUGGCCUCCACCGGGAUCCAAAUGCAUCUAUCUCUGCCUAUAUACGCACCAAGGUGCUCAGCAUUUGGACGUCGAAACCUUUUCCACCUAUGGCGGGCAGACUGCCCUGCAGGCGGUGAUACGAGACAACGAGCACACGUACCACACGGCUGAUCCGACCCCCCACCACAACAAAGCUCGGAAGUCACCUAUGGAACACCGCUACAUGAUUCCUAUGGUUGUAUGGGAAGCGGAAGAUGGGAAAAAAGUUUCGUCAUUAUAUCCUCGGCUUCUGCACCACCGUGUAUUUCUCAACGCCGUUGCUGCUCGAGCAAGGGAGUUAUCUAACUGGCCAAAAUUGGAAGGUGAUGGCUGCAACACCCUCUCUCCAUUAUUCCAUAUAACGGAUGGCACCCCUGUGCACUUCAUGGGAACACGGUCUCUACUCCAUGGUGAGCGUGGAAUAACCACAUACAGGAAGCCUGUCACGUCGGCUCGAUAUCGAGAGGGUCUUACGAUCCACUCUGGCAUCAGAAAGGGCGAUGGCGCAUAUCAAUUAUGCCCGCUUGUGAUCGCACCUCACAUCAAGCGCAAAUAUGACCUUCGGGCUGGGAUGACGUGCUACCUAGUCUUUGAGAUUAUGCACGAUGGACAACCACAUGCUAUACCGUGGCUAGGGUGCCCAGUUAUCGGACUCUUUGAAGACUUUAGAAAAGCGUCUCGACUCGGUGUCCGUAUGGAAUGGCUUCAUGAAAACCAGUGGCACUCAAUCCCCUUCCAACAAGAGAGGUUCACUCGUUACUUCCACGAAGGUAUCAGCGAUGGUGACCUAAUGAAGGCUUUAUGGCCAUGGCGUAAGGCUAUGGACAUAGCCCAGGCGUUAGAGGGGACCAUCUACACUGAUAAUGAGCCUCUAAAUGGCUUCGAUUCGCAGAUUUCACUUGGCUCAUGUGAUAUUCUCGAAUUACAGACGGAUUAUCUUGGAUAA